CAGAGAUCAAGUGUCUGAGUCGAGUGGACCUGCAAGAACUGUUUCCUGGGCCAGAUAAGCUACGGAUGAGGAAGAGCAUCUUUGAAACAAUAAACGAAAAGGAAAGUUUGAUCUUUGUGCUUGUUGUGCUUUAAAACUGGUUCAGUUUGAUUUAUUUGUUGUUCUGUUAACACAGGAUUCAGUAACUGAGCUCCUAAAUGAUCUCCGUGCUUUCAUCUCACAUGAUAAUCUCAAAGCUGCUCUGUCCAACAACGGGGUCUUGGUGAAAUACCUGAACAUCCUGAAGGACAUGCAGACUCAGCAGAACAACGUGCAAAAGUUCCUGGAGGCUAAUAUUAGGUUUCUAGAGACCAGCCGUGAUGCUCAACCAAGGCAGGGACCUGCAUCAGCUUAUACAUCAAAUGCUGUGGCUAAGCGGAGUGAUAAGAAUACAGAAGUCCUCAGCACACGACCCUCACAAGUUUAUGUGACAGAAAGUUCCAGGAUGACGGGCGCUCAUGGCAACAGCAGCCAAAGUUCCUAUGGCAGCUCUUAUAGCCAUUCACAGAAACCUCCAGUAACAGUGAAAUACAAGACGGUGGUCAGCGGCAAAACGUUCAACGCCAAUGGGCAGAUUCUCGACCAGAUACGGUCUUCAGCUCCAGAGUUGAACUUGGUUGAAGUGGAAGCGACUACAUGUGUAGAUGAUUCUGAGAUCACUUUAGUCUUCUGUCCAAUCGUUUCUCGUGUUGGGACAGAUGUUGAAGCAGCCAUGAAAACGGUUCCAGGCGACAAACCUGUCAUUUUGCUGUUGAUGCACCACGUUCACGAAGUAAAGUACGUUCCCUCAAUGAGGACCUGGCCUGACCACCAUAACAUUGUGCUGCAUGUUAAUGUUUUCUACCAUGAGAAAGUGCCUGGGCUAAUCGUUUGCCAGAAGAACGUCGAAGCCAUCACUGCAGUGAAAAAUGAAAUGCUGAAAUAUGGAAUAACAGAUGUACGUAGUGGUUAUUUAUCUGACAGUGCCAGUCUAUCAAGCUAUGAUACAGGUGUUGUCACCCACUCUUUAUCUCAGAGAGAUAAUCAAAGCAAGUUGUAUAGUUGGAAUCCAAUGAAUUGGUCAAUAAGAAAAUAAUGCCGGCAAUCCUGAACACAUAAACAUAAUCUGUGUGACAUGAAAUCAUGUUUCCCAGAUGGUUCUUUUUUUUUCAUUGUGCUUGCUGCUAUUGUGUCUGAUGUCACAAUAAAUGUAUAGAGGAUCUACUUGUUGGUCCCACAUGCUGAUGGUCAUUACAAUUGAAUCAAUUAAAGUUAUUAGUAAAACAAAAUGUACAGGUUUAAUUGUCACGUUAUCUGGAACUUAAUCUUUGUUGACCUAGAAUAUCAGGCUAGGUUUAUGGUUCGUUUUGUUUUUCUGGUUGCAGCACACAUUUCUUCUAAAAAAUGUUAAGUGAUGGCCUUUUGAGGACAACCCAUGACAGCUAUGUAUGCUUGACUUACUGUUUUGUAAGGAUCUUUGUUUGUUUUUUUCCAAAUCAAACCAUUAAAGCCUGUUGGUCAA